GAUACAAAAUUAUGGAUAAUAAUGGAAUAUCUGGGGGGAGGCUCUGCCCUUGAUCUAUUAGAACCUGGCUCACUCGAUGAAACCCAGAUUGCUACAAUAUUGAGGGAGAUACUCAAAGGACUUGAUUACUUGCAUUCAGAAAAGAAAAUCCAUAGAGAUAUUAAAGCUGCUAAUGUAUUGCUAUCUGAACAAGGGGAAGUAAAGCUAGCAGAUUUUGGAGUAGCAGGACAACUAACAGAUACACAGAUAAAGAGGAAUACCUUUGUGGGAACACCGUUUUGGAUGGCACCUGAAGUAAUAAAGCAAUCAGCGUAUGAUUCAAAGGCAGAUAUCUGGUCAUUAGGCAUAACAGCCAUAGAACUUGCAAAAGGAGAGCCACCUCAUUCAGACUUGCAUCCCAUGAAGGUUUUGUUCCUCAUUCCUAAGAACAAUCCACCAACACUGGAAGGAAACUUCAGUAAAUCCCUCAAAGAAUUUGUCGAGGCCUGCUUAAACAAGGACCCAAGCUUUAGGCCUACUGCAAAGGAGCUCUUAAAACACAAGUUUAUUCUACGAAACUCAAAGAAAAUUUCCUACCUGACUGACCUUAUUGAUAGGCACAAGAGAUGGAAGUCUGAACAAAGUCACGACGAAUCCAGUUCUGAUGAUUCAGAUACUGAACCAGAUGGCCAGGCUUCAGGUGGGAGUGAUUCAGGAGAGUGGAUCUUUACAAUAAGAGAAAAAGACCCCAAGAAUCUAGAAAAUGGAGCAGCACAGCCUUUGGAGUUGCAAAGAAAUAAGGAAAAGGAUAUCCCAAAGAGGCCUCUAUCCCAGUGCCUGUCUACAGUUAUAUCCCCUUUAUUUGCAGAGUUGAAAGAGAAGAGUGAAGUGUGUGGUGGAAACACCGACUCCAUAGAAGAGCUGAGAAAGGCCAUUUACUUGGCUGAAGAGUCGUGUCCGGGCAUUGCAGAUAACAUGGUGUCACACCUUGUGCAGAGGCUUCAGAGAUACUCGCUAGCUGGAGGAAGUACCGCGUCCUACUGACGUGCUGCUCCUGACUUUUCUAAGACAGCAGAGAUCCCCCGGUGUCCGCACCGAAGGCGCGCACCCUAAUGUCGUUCUGCCCCUCGGUCACCGGAACAGGAGGGACGUUCCGAAAUGUGCAAGAGUAAAGUCUCUCGGGUGGAGGCGGUCUCUUUCAGCUCCUUAAAGCUAUUAUUUUUUGUAAUGAUAAUGCACAUAUUCCAGGGAGGUGUCUUUUUGUAAAAUCUGAAAUGUAUAUUUAGGUUUGUGAUAGAGAAAUUGAAGAUAUUGAGAAACCUCAGGUAUCCUGCUUUAAGAAUUCCACUGGGAGAUGGAGUAUGUUUGUUGGAAUUGUGUACAGAUGUGUAUAUAAUGUCUUUUUUUAAUCUGAAAGCCUUUCAACGUGCAUAAGGAAUCACUGUGUACAAAAUGGUAAAGUGCUUCUGUAGAUACCGUUAGUGGGGUAAAUAUCUGACAGGCCAUAACUGAGUAUUGCCUUGCCUUUAUUACGUGUACCUUUU